UAUAGAAUAGUCUAUGCGUAGGAGUCAAGUGAAUAGCAUCACCAUUCUUACAAGAUCCAUUAAAAAAUAAUUUAUUUCAAUUAUUCAUCGCUCAAUAAAAGAAACAAAAUACUAUUUAAAAUAUUUAACAAAGUGACAAAUCAAUACAAUCAGUAAUGACUGAUUGAUUUAAAAAAGUGAAACGAUUUGUUUCUUUUUUUAUUUUUUAAAAAGAAAUGUUUGAAACUGAACGAAGAUCAGCAAUAAGCAGUUCAGAGCUUGGUCUUUACUCUGAUCGUGCUGAUCGUUAUAAUAGAAAUAAUUACGGUUUUAUUAUAAGAAAAUUUGUCAUUGUUGUCAUGGCAAUUGUUGCUGUUAUUUUGGCUGGAAUUUUCAUUUACGAUUUCGCUGCUGGUGCAUCAGCGAGCAGCAAGGUCAGUCAAGAAACAAAACACAUUUAUAUAUUACAAAAUGCAUUAAAAAAAUCAAAUUAUUUAACUAAAAAAACAACAACAACAACAACUUUGACACCUUUAUUGUCAAGUGAUUUACAAAAAAGAUCUGAUGAUGAUGUACAACAACUUGGUUUCAUUGAUAAUGAUGAUGACAACAACAACAACAACAACAACAAUAAUAAUGAUGAAAAAAAAAGAAAUUUUGAUAUUGAUUUACCAGAAAUGAGAGGUCAAAGUUUAGAAAAUUUUAAAUUAAGAAAAAAAUUAUUACAACCAAAUGAAGUUGAUGAAGGAGAUGGAGAAGUUGAAGUAAAACAAACAGUCAAAAAUCAUGCUGUUGUUUAUCGAGUUAAACAAAUGUAUAAACCACCAAAAGACAAUGAAAAAGAAUCAACUGAAGAAACUAAACCAGCUCCAUUUCAUUUUGAAUUUAGAGCUCCUCGUCCAGAGGCAUUUAAACGUCCAAAAUUUCCACAAUUAACACAAUACAGAUAUCCUCAAUCAUCAAAAAAUAUACAAGAUAUUAUAAAAUAUCUUGCACAUGAUCCUGAUGCUACAAAACGUGGUAUAAAAUUUACUGGUGUUUAUAUGAAUCCACAAAAAUAUGAUCGUCAUUCAGAAAUUGGAGAAACAAUGUCAAAUAGUGAUAAAGCAGAAUAUUCAUCAUAUUCACAAAAUUCUGAAGAAGAUAAUGAAGAUGAAGAAGAAAAUAAAGAAGAAAAUAAUAAUGAAAAUUAUCAAUAUUCACAACAAACAAUUGGUGAUUCAUUUUUUCCAUAUAAACCAAGACAUCCAGCUGAUGUAAAUCUUCUUGCUCCACCUGCAAGUUUUGUACCUUCAAAUGUCAGAUUUUCACAAGAAAUAAAUCGUCAUCAUCCAUAUAUAGAAUCAUAUCAUCAUCGACCAAUGUUAAUUAAACCUCAAACACAAAUUGAACAAUCAUAUGAAACAAGUGCUUUACAAUCAUCAAAUUAUGGAAAAAAAAAAUCAAAACCAAAACCAAAACCAUUUAGUGUUAUGCUUGAUAUAUAUCCAAUGACUGAACUUAAUGAUCAAUCAAUAACAAAUAAUCAAAAAAUAUCAACAAGACCAAAAAAUGUUAUUAAUACAGAUGAUUAUAUUGAUUCAAGAAGACCUGGAGGUAUAUAUGGUCGAGGAGGUAGAUUUUAUCCAGGUAAUUUUGCUGUACCAACACAACCAAUACCUAUUGUUGCAAUACCAACAAAUGAUCCAACUAAUACUGAUGAUGAUGAAAAACAACAAAUGAUAUUUCAUUUAAAUUUAUAUCCAAGAAAAAAAAAUAACAAACAAAAUAGAAAUGAUGCAGUGCAACGAUCAGAGAUCAUACAUGAAGAUAGUCAAGAAAAUUUAAUGAAAAAUAUAAUGCUACCAUUUAAUACAAUAACUAAACAAUUAGCUGUUCAUUCAGCAAUUGAAAAUGCAAAAUUUGAAAAUAAUGAAGAAUUAAAUGAUGAAAAUAAACAAACAAAAAAUUAUCAAGAAAAUGAAUUAAAAAAUAAUAAUGAGUGA